GCGGCGGGGCGGGGCCCGGCGCGGCGGGCGGUGCUUUCGCUUCUGGCAGGGGCGGCGAUGGGGUCUCAGCUCAGCACGUUGAGUCGGAUUGUGAGCUACCCGCUAUGGAUAAUCUACACCACCAUCCUGAAGCUUUUCAAGAAUCCCAGUCCUGCGAUUACUCUGAAGGAUCCUGAAGUGAAGUAUGCAUUGAGGCUGAUUGAUAAGGAGGAAGUUAGUCAUGACACAAGAAGAUUUCGAUUUGCUCUCCCUUCCAUAGAUCACACUCUGGGUCUCCCUGUUGGACAGCAUAUCUACCUGUCUGCACGGGUUGAUGGAGCUCUGGUUGUUAGACCUUACACUCCAGUUUCCAGCGAUGAUGACAAGGGCUUUGUGGAUCUUGUUGUCAAGAUCUACUUUAGAGGUAUCCAUCCGAAGUUUCCUGCUGGAGGGAAGAUGUCUCAAUACUUAGACAGCCUGAAAAUAGGGGAUACUAUUGACUUCAGAGGACCAAGUGGCCUACUUGUCUACAAUGGAAAAGGCAAGUUUGCUAUUCGGCCUGAAAAGAAAGCUGAACCAGUUACUAAGACAGUGAAAUACGUGGGGAUGAUUGCAGGUGGGACUGGGAUAACUCCUAUGCUGCAGGUCAUUCGAGCAAUCAUGAAAGACAAAGAUGACCCUACUGUUUGUCGGCUGCUGUUUGCUAAUCAGACCGAGAAGGAUAUCCUGUUACGUUCCGAGCUAGAGGAGAUCCAGGUUGAGAAUCCUGAUCGCUUUAAGUGUUGGUACACACUGGACAAAGCACCUGAAAGCUGGGAUUACAGCCAAGGAUUUGUGAACCAGGAGAUGAUCAGGGACCACCUGCCCCCACCUCAAAACGAUGUUCUGAUCCUCAUGUGUGGACCUCCUCCAAUGAUCCAGUAUGCUUGCAUUCCCAACCUGGACAAACUAGGCUACACGAAGGACAUGAUGUUCUCCUUCUAAAGACGACUGAUAAUUCAGUGAUCUUGUGUGGAGGGGAAGAGGAAACAUUUAAUGGGGAACAGGACAGAGUUACAGAGAUGGCUGAUGCACAGUGCUGGGAAGCUACAUUUACAUUAAAAAAUGCUUCAUUUCUCUGGCAAGUAAGACUGUUAAGACAGUAUGUUGCACAGAAACAACUGUACUGUGGAAAGGUACCGAUGCCUAGUGCUCAGCUAUAUUGUAUACUCCAUCUUAAGAGAGGAAAGUAUAGCUGCUUCACUAAACACUCAUUUGCAUUUUUUCUUAGCCCUGUAAUGAAAUGGCAGUAAUAUCCUACUUCCUAACACUGUGCUUACCCAGUAUUUUAUUUGGUAUGAGGUAUGAAAAUACAUAGAAUGUGCUGGAUUAUUCACUUUCUUAUGCCAAAUUUGAAUCCUUACAGAGCUUUUACAGUAUGAGGGCCGGGAGCAUUUGCCUUGUGUGCAUAAUCUCGGCAACAUCAGAAGCUUAAAGGUGCUUGUUAGUUGGAGGAUGACAACCAUUUAUGACUGAAGGUGUUCAAGCUGCCUUGUUAAUCAAAACAAGAGAGGUAGACAGCAGUACCAAAUUGGUUUCCUUUGUAUUUUGGAAUAGCUUUUCUUAAAUGCAACUGCUUUUCCCCAGCUGGUCACUGUUCUCAUCCCUGGGCAAUGAAAGAAAAUACAGAAAGCAGGCAGCAUUGUGCAUUGUUCCACAAAUAGCUGGAUUUUUUGAUUGUUUGUGUGUGGAAUACUGAAAACCCUCCUGCCCCAACUUUUGUAUUUACUUUUAAAUAGCGGAUGAUGCCAUGGGAGUACAAGAGCAGUUCUUCUGCAUGUCCUGUGCAGUGAAAAACAUGCUGGGUGAAAACUGGAUCUGGUUUUAGUUUCUUGUUUCCCAGAGGUCUAUGUGGAGCAAAGAGCCAGGGUGGGUUUCAGCAGGUAGCCCAGCUUCAGAUGCAGUAUGCAUACAGUCGGGGGACUGCGUGUGUUGCUAAGGCAAAGCUCCCAAGGGUUUUGCUUGGUAAGGAUGCAUGAGAAGCCAUCAGUCACCAAAGUGAUGGCAAAUUCAACUGUCUCACUGAAUCUAAAACUGUUUCAUUAAAUGCUGUUAACUAUAGCUCGGAUUUUCACUUUUUUUUUUUCAUAUACUCUUACAGCAGCCUUUUAACUAAAGUUUAGUAAACUUGAGGCAUCUUCGUGUCAAAUAUUCUGCUUCUGAACAACAGAGAUGCUGCUGAGAUUAGAGCUGUCCUGCAGGGACACUAUGAAACUAAAAAUCUUGUUCUGGUGAUGAAAUCAGAGAGAGGGAAAGGAUGUUUAGUCAUAUGUGAAGUAAUGUGGAUGAUAGUUAGCUACAAGUGUCAGUGUAUAAUACCACUUCUUUUAAAGAUUUGGGUAGGUAUUUGAGGUUAUAACUUGCCAUGUCUUCUGUUGUGCCUGUACAACAGAUGGCUAUUGUGUUCUUAAGAGGUUAAUUUUCAGCAUGAAUUGAAAGGAGAAAAAGAUACUACAGUUAACUUAAGGAACAUUAAAUGGGUAAUUUUGUUAGUAAUUUUAUUAGGCACUUGCCUCUGAAGUCAGAAUUUUUGAUGUGCACUUCUGAAACUUGUUUCUUAAUACUGUGCUCUGAAGUUCAAAUAAGUAAGUUUCAGUCCCUUUUCUAGGAGGUAAAAAGCAGAAAUGUGAGAGACAUUAUUGUGCUGCUGGUUUGUAGCACUGUGGGAAGCGCAUAGAUUUUUUUAUUAUUAUUUAAUGAAAUUUUCUUGUUUUAAAAAAAAAUCCACACCAAAACCAAAGUAGCUUGUUACAUGUCUCUUUGUAUUACUGCUUAUUCAGUUACUGGGGUUUCUUCACAUCUGUGUAAGAAAUCAAGUAUCUUGUGGGUUAACCACCUGCGUGUUACUGAGGAUGUAAUCUUCAACUGCUGAAGAGACAAACUGUAAUUGUAAAAUGCUCUAUAAAGUGAAGGUUCAAAAACAAAGCCUGUUAGAUUUUACCCAAGUGCUUAUUUCUUUUGUUUGAAUUUGGUGAAAACUGCUGUAUUUGGAUGCUGAGUCAAGGAGUAAACUGCCUCUGUUUUUCUCUGUAUCACUCCAAUCUCUUCUUACCUUUAUUUUGUACAUCUUGCUUGUGAACGUGAGGCUUUUUUAAUAAAUAAGGGGAAUUUUAUAUAAUCUGCUGAAGCAAAA